AUGUCGAAGCAGACAGCGAACUCAGAUCAACAGCGACAUAUUCAGUAUAAUACAGAAAAUGUUCAGCCAGAACAAUGGCAAUAUUUUAUCGGUGAUGUAUUUGAAACGAUCGAUUUGAAAAAUGACAAAUAUCCGUACUGGGAAGAUGAGCCGAAGUACAAUGCUUCACUCCAUUUGAAUAUUGUUGAGCCAGAAUUUGUCGUCUUGUUAAAUAACAAUUUUCAACAUGUCAAACAGACCCCAACAAUUAAUUUUGAGCAGGGCAUUUAUAAGAGUCAACUGGCCUACACUGCACCAUUUCGCCUUCUCAGUGACGAAGGCUACAAAGUAUUGAAAUCGAUAAUCAAACGAGAGUUUGUCAACUGUGAAAGCGAUCAGAGACUACCGAAUCGAAUUCGUCACAUUGGAUAUCGAUCAAAAUGGAUAAGAGAUUUCAACCGCUGUCCAGUUGUUCUUGAGUUUCUGACGAAACUGAGCGGAAGCAAUGAACCGCUAAUGGCAACAACGUUGAAAUCCAGUUAUAGUCACACAAAUAUUGGUCUUGCUGAUCCAACAAAAAACGUCGAUCAGUGGCACGUCGAUAGUGUCCCAUAUGUGAUCAUAAUUCUCACGUGCGAUAUGACAAACACGAUUGGUGGCGAACUCCAGCUGAUCGAACGAGAAAAGCAAGAGGCAUUGAAACUAGUCGCUGAAUAUAACGGCGAUAUCCCUGAUGAAUACGUGCAAAAUAUUGAUUUUGGUGGGGCCGGUUCGGUAAUAUUCAUGCAAGGCUGUGAAAUUGCACAUCGUGUGAAACCAGUUCUAAGUAGCACCGAACCCCGGAUUACCGUCGUUAAUUCGUACAUGUCACGAAACCCAUUUGUCACCGAAAAAACUCGUUAUCAGACAUUCAUGCACGAGUCCACUUGUGACUACGAAUUCACAUUACACAAAGCGUGGCGUGCACGAGAACAGUUGAAAGCGUUGAUGAUGUACGAUAAAGAAUGGCCCACAAAGGAGGAUUUGAUUAAACGAUUAAAUCUGGUUAUUACCGAGCUCGAAGAUUGUCGAGACCUGUUGAAUGGUACAGCAACAGACGCAAUUGGAUAUUAUGACGCUCACAAAAAAGGAAUGAGUAUGUACGACAAGAGCAAUUUCAAAGUGGAAAAGAAGCCGAUCAAUAUACAAGAAUCAGACAUGUGA